AGGAUGGGAGAUUGUGUGCCCUUGCCACAUCCCGGCGGCCCUGAGAAAGCAAGAGCUCACUGCGAGGAUUUCUCCAAGGAACAUGAAAGAGAAGGGAGAUUACCAACAAGAAUGAGGCGCUUCUGCGAUUUAGGCAUGCAUUUGAGGCGGCGGAGGAGCUCCGAGAAGAGAUCGGUGGCCGCGACAUCGCUCAGAUCUGCCAUGGCGGCCGCCGCGCCCUAGACCAUCUCAAACCUAAAAGAGAUUUAACCUAGAAAUUUGUAAAUGGGGGGAGAGGAGGGCGCGUCCCGGAUCGUUCUGCCAGGCGAUGUGGUGUUUGGUCUCGCAGCUCAGGCGCAAAACAAGGUGCUGCGAUUGGGAAGCGGCCUUUCUCAGGAUGCUGAUCGCGUUGUAGCUAUCAAGGCCGGGAGAUUGAAUCACGCAAAAUCCAAACUUUGGGUGGAGGGAUCACAGAAGCGAUACAUUCCCAGUGCCGAGGAUUCUGUGAUUGGAAUUGUUAUCGAUCGUCGCGCCGAGGAGUUUUUGGUGGAUUUGAAUGCUCCAGUUCUUGGGCUUCUUCCUAUACUCUCUUUCGAGGGUGCUACGCGGAAGAACAUUCCAAACCUCAAGGAAGGGGCUGUGGUCUAUGGAAGAGUGGUGAAAGCCCAUCGCGAUAUCAGUCCCGCGCUCUCGUGUUUGGAUGCUUCUGGAAAAGGCUCUGGUUACGGCCCACUGAAAGAAGGAUACCUGUUUGAGUGCUCGACCGGACUCGCAAGAUCGCUCUUGGGUACGCCGACUUAUCCGGUGCUCGAAGCUCUUGGCAAAAGCUUGGCUUUUGAGAUCGCCGUUGGUGUAAAUGGUCGCGUUUGGGUGAAAUCCGAUGCUCCAGCCACCACCGUACUCGUCUCCAAUGCGAUCAUCAACUCCGAGUGCUUGAGCGCAGCGCAACAACACAUACUUGUCCAGAAGCUUUUGCAAGCAGCGAAGUGAUCUCUAAACUCCUGGGCUUAAAUUUUUUUUGUCUAAUCGAUUCCAGGAGAUUUCUAUCAUAGUAUGCAAGUCUACGUCGCGUCAA